GCCUGACUCACCUGGUGACUUAACCUAUUAUCUCCAAGAGUAUGUGGGACUUUAUACUGCAACAGAAUAUCUAGCAUUCCCAAAGUAAUUCACGAGGAUCAUUUCACUUAACACAAAACAGAAGACAGGGGCUCUCUGUCUAGUGUAGGCUUUUUAGCUAUAAGAAAAUCUAACCAACCUGGAAACAUUUAGGAGAACUUACAAGAACGUAUAAGUUUAACACCAGGGGAUAUUAUGGAUGAAACAAAACAAGAGAAAUAUUCACUCCUGCACGAUGAGUCAGAUUUGGAAGAAUAUGAAAAAAUUAAAGUUGGCCAGAAAAUGCAUCAAAAUGGGAAAUCCUACAUAAGAAGGUCCAGUCUAGGUUCAACAUUGGGUCAACCACAAUGGCUUUGUCAUACAGUUUUCAUCAUGCUCCUGGUCUGCUCACAAGCUGCUUUAUGUAUUUUUGUUUUAACCAUACACAUCGACAUAAAAACAAUUAAGGUUGAACAUGGGGCAUUGCACAAAAAUACAGUGGAAAUGGCAGUUCAUCUUCAACCCAUUGAUAAUACAAGCCUUUCAAAGCAUGAAAAUGUAACUCAAAUGGGUGUGGAACCGACAAUUAAAAAGCAACUACAGGAACUCAAUGUUAUGGAUAACGUCAAUCUUCUCAAAAGACUUCACACUUUAGAAACAAAUAUGAAAUCACUGAAAAAUAUUGUUUCCAGCCAUGGUGAAGACCUUGAAAUAUUAAAGGUCCAACAAGAAGUGGAAGGAGUAAAGCAUGAAAAUGCACUGCAAAGGCAGUUAAACAAUAUCAGCAGAGACCUGAAUGGCUUUCACAUUCGCCUGGAGGAGGGGCUGGACUUGGCCUUCUCACAGAUAUCACAGCUCAGAGAUGAUGUCUUUUUUCUUGAAAAUACCCUAAAUGACUCAAAGCAAGAACGCUUUGGUAUAAAGGAAUCUACACAGAAGCCAACAAAGAAAGAAACGAUGGUCCAAACAACUACCCACCUGCUUCCCACUGUACCUCUCACUGGCAUUCAGAUUUUGCUGAAGAAUACUAUGAGAGACUCUACCACAAUGCCUAUGUCAAGUCAGAAGGAUAUACCUGAAGAAAUAUCAAUACCCUUCUUGAAGAGUCGGUCAGAUUUCCAAGUAUUCUUCUAUGGAGCAGACAAGGAUGCAAAUGGCUUUCUUACAUAUGCUGAAAUAAAGAACGUGCUUGGAGAUGAGACUCCAAGCGAAGACAUUCUACUUCAUUUUGAUGAAGAUCAAGAUACAAUGUAUUCCUACACUGAACUAAUCAGAACUUUCCAUCUUAAAGAAUAGAAAAAGACAAGAGAAAAUGAAGAAAGCAAGAGACAAGGCAGCAAGAUAGAAGGCAUUUCAUGAUUGCUUUGUUCCUUCAUACAGCUCCUGAAAAAAAGAAGUACUCAUUAUUUUUAUCAUUAAAGGGGUUUUUUAUUUCAAUUAUUUCAUUUAAACAAACAAAAAAAGCAUGAUUCAGAGAAACAAAAUUCAUAUUUUUAAUAAACGGAUGUUAAGGCAUUCAGGUAAACAGUUUUUCCCUUUGCCAAUAUCAUUAAUCUUAUGGUGUUUUAUUGUAAUAAAACUUUAACAUUAA